AGGGUCACACCACGACUUUUAUUUUAUAAUCGAAAAAUCAAUAUCUAAAUUAUUCGCGUCGUUAAACGUGAAGCGUUUGCCCCAAAUCAAGCAAAACCGGCACUCAUACUGAUCCAAAAUCAAAAAACGUCCAAAAAGUUCAGCGGAAGUGGCUACGAGCACACCAGAAACCCAGAAACCAACCUAACCUCACUUUUGCGAGUGUUUUACCAUCACAAUCAAGCUCAACAAUGAAUAAUUUAGAAAUUCCUGCAGAAACCACCCCCGAAUUUACCUCAACAAGCGAAACAAGCCUUCUGGUGGUUAUUGUGGACAGCAACCCCAGUCAGAAAAUGCUCAGGGACAACCCCCACGUUUUAACUCACUGCGUGGAUUCAGUGAUAGCCUUCGCCAAUUCCCAUUUAAUGCAAAAAGCCCAAAACAAACUAGCGGUGAUGGCUUGCCACUCAAAAACUAGUGAAUUUAUAUAUCCCGGCCCCAACAAACCCCUAGACGUGCGACAAAUAGACGGCCAGUAUGAAGUUUUCACGGCAGUCGAAAAAACUAUUAAACAUAAUUUGGCGAAGCUGUUAGCCAAUGAAAAGUCUACACUUGUCACAGAGUCAUUGCUAGCCGGAGCUAUUGCUAUGGCUUUGUGUUAUAUCGCACGCAUACAAAGGACAAAGCCCCCGGGCUGCAGGUUAAAUAGUCGGAUUUUGGUGGUGACAGGAAGUGGAGACUCAGCGUCCCAAUAUAUGAAUUACAUGAACGUUUUUUUCACUGCUCAGAAACAAGGGAUUGUUAUAGACGUUUGUGCCCUUGAUCAACACUUAAGUUUGUUGCAACAAGGCUGUGAUAUUACAGGAGGGCUAUAUUUAAAAGUCCCACAAUUGCAGGGUUUACUUCAAUAUCUUCUUUGGGUAUUUUUACCUGAACCCCCUAUCAGACAGAAGCUGGUGCUGCCCCCACCCGUCAAGGUCGACUACAGGGCGGCCUGUUUUUGUCACAGAGAACUUAUAGAUAUAGGUUAUGUUUGUUCAGUGUGUUUAUCAAUAUUUUGCAAAUUCAGUCCAAUUUGCACAACUUGUCACACUGUUUUCAAAAUACCGGGUCCAUUGGCUGUAAAGUCGAAAAAGAAGAAAAUUAAAUUGUAAUUACGAGGUAAAUAUGUGAUGAAUAACUGCCACAAUUAAAUAGUGUUUUAUUUA